UCAAUUGAGAGACGCCCCGGGAUGAACAAGCUGCUCGCAUGAAGAAGCUGCAGGAGCAAGAGAAGCGCCAGAAGGUUGAGUUCAGAAAGAGGAUGGAGCAAGAGGUAUCGCAGUUCAUCCAGGCCACUGGGGAGCCCCGGCGCCGGUUCCAGCCCAUGAACAAGAUUGAGAGGAGCAUCCUGCACGACGUGGCAGAGGUGGCCGGCCUGACGUCUUUCUCGUUUGGAGAUGACGAGGAUAGUCGCUAUGUAAUGGUGUUCAAAAAGGAGUUUGCACCGUCAGACGAGGAGCUGGAGGCAUAUCGGCGUGGGGAAGAGUGGGAUCCGGCCCGAGCUGAAGAGCGGCGUCGCCUCCGGGAGCUGGCAGCGCAGCAGGAGGAGGCAGAGCUUGAGUGCAGCUCCACCCCUCCGGGUCCCCCCAACGACUACAAGGACAAAUAUCGGCACCUGAUCGGCUCUGAUGCUGCCAAAGCUGCUGCCCGCACCAUGGAGGCCAACAAGGCGUACGGCUGCGUGCCGGUGGCCAACAAGCGGGACACGCGCUCCAUCGAAGAGGCCAUGAACGAGAUCCGGGCCAAGAAGCGGCUGCGGCAGGCAGAGGAUGAGGGUGGGGCCGGGGGGGGUCCUGGGGGGCCCUGUGUGUGAUGGGAGGGUGGUGGUGGGGGGCUACCCCCAGGGGUAUUUAACAGUGGGGGGAGGGUGACGGGGACACAUGGAGGGGGUGAUAAAGCACCUCAUCUC